AAACCUUCAGGGUAAUAAAAUAGCUCGUCUAAAAAAGGGUAUUUUUAAUGGCGCUGUCAGGCUUCAACACUUGGAUCUUGGAUUCAAUGAAAUAACUGAUGUUGAAGAAGAUGUCUUUGACGAGAACUACAAUCUCGAAAUAUUAAGUCUUAACGACAACAAGAUUUUGCACUUGGCUAGGGGUACCUUUAACAACCUUGAGGGCCUAACAGCCGUGGAGCUUCAAAAUAAUAGGUUGAAAYAUUUGGAAGAUUCCACUUUCAUUGGGACAAAUGUUCUAUCAAUUGUUUUUCUACAUAGUAAUCAGUUGACAAAUCUUACAGAUGGAGUAACGUUUGGUAUUAGCAAUAUCUACCUCUUGUUUCUUGAAAACAAUAACUUAUCUCGGAUAUACAACAAUUCGUUCCAGUCCAAGGAACAAGAAAUCAUAUCCCAAAAAUCAAAUGAAAAGGAAAACUACUUUACGUUUGAAAUCGCAGGCGUCGAAAUUGUAAUGAAUUCAAUGGGUUAUGUCUGCAAGCCACUGAAUGGCGGAAUAAUUACAUGCGAGCCGUGUUACAUUGGGUUUUUCAUUGCUGAUUCUUCUCGACGAUGUAUUGAAUGUCCACCAGGUGGAUUUUACCAAGACGAGCUAGCUUACACAGGUGUCAAAGUGUAUGGUCUGGGCUGCAAGCAGUGUCCAAGUGGUACUUAUGUCAAACCUGAAAUGGUCCCAGGAAAAUCCCAGUCAGACUGUAAAUCGUGUGAACAAGGUUCUCUAAUAUUGCAAUUAAAGAACUCACCUUUCUAG